GCGGCGGUGGGGGCGUUCUUCGUAUACUCGAAGCAGAGCGGAGAGGUUGUCAUCCAUAAUUCAGUCCCAACCCAAGCAAACAAGCGAGAGAGCAGGUACUUCUCCGGUCCUCCCAGGACAGACGUUUCGCUUCCACACGUAUACAGUCUUCACGCUGAGCAACAACAGAGAAGAACGUCAGUGAAGAACAGACAGUCGUAGGUGAAACGCGGACGUAAACAUUGCCAUGCCCUGCUUGCUGCACCACCGCCGCUGCCGCCGCCUGCCUCCUUCCUCCGUGCUCCUCUUCAGGACAGAGAGCUUCACAGUCGGGGUGGGCGAGGUAAGCACAAGCACGCCGACAGUUCCAACAACAACACGUCCUUCCCGGAGGGAAUUCUAGAAGGAGACGCGAUGAAGUUGUGUUCGGGACAGGGGACUGCGGCGGGCUGCGGGGCUGUGACGGCAGCGUGGUGAGCGGCCAUGCUGCAGGCAAAAUCUUGCGACCUCUUCCCCACUUGAGCUGCACGAGCUACCUUCUCUUGUUUUGCUUUCUUGUCCUUUUCUACUCGAUAAUGCCUUCUUAGCGCGGAUUGAAUACGGUUUCAUUACUGUCGCUGCUGCAUCAGCCCCCUGAAGUGAUUGUAAAGAUGUGAUCAACUGCAAAAGCUGAUGGAGACAUCCACCGAGGCUGCCUCUGCAUGAACUACCGCCCGGUGGGAUCAGACUUGUUAUCACAACUCCCCCUCACACAGCCCGAUGGGGGGCAAACAGACCAAGGGUCACGAUGCCGGAGGGGCCAGCCCUCAGCACAGUUGGAGGCGAACACCCACCAAGGAGCGGGGGGAUCUGUUUGCAUCCCUCAUGCUGAGGUCUGGGGACAGGCUGAGCCGGGGUACAACCCCGCCGCCUUACCAGCGCCGAAUCGGGAUGAUCCAGGAGAUGAUGCUGAUGGCCAAACAGGGCAAACACGACGAGGCCACAGAGAUGUUGAGGACUCUACGGCAGGACCUAGGCAUGGAGUCAACAUCUCUGGACGAUGUAUUAUACCGCUACGCCAGCUUCAGAAACCUUGUUGACCCAAUCACUCAUGACCUGAUCAUCAGCCUGGCACGUUAUGUACACUGCCCAAAGACGGAGGGUGACUCUUUGGGAGCCAUGGAGAAGGUUUGUCGACAACUGACCUACCAUCUCAGCCCCCACUCUCAGUGGAGAAGACAAGGCAUACUCAAAAGGAAACCCCAGGCCUGUCUGAAGGCGGUUCUGUCCACACCUCCGCCUAGCGGGGCGUUGGAUCUGUCCGGUAUUCCUCUGGUAGCUCGGGACAUGGAUCGUCUGUGCAUGCACCUGCAGCAUCACGCUUCAACAGUGGUCAGCUUGGAGCUGGGGUUCACUGAACUGACCGAUGAGGCCUUCCUCUUGCUGCUGCCCACUCUGGCUGCCCUGCCUCACCUGGAGACGCUAGCCAUGAAUGGAAACCGGCUGACCAGGACUAUUUUGAAGGAGCUGACAGAUGCCUUGAAGGAUCCUAAUAGUUUCCCGAGUGUGACAUGGAUCGACCUUGGGAACAAUGUGGACAUCUUCUCUCUGCCACAGCCUUUCCUGGUCAGUCUGCGGAAGCGCUGUCCUAAGCAGGGCAACCUUCCCACCAUCUUGGAGUUUGGUGAGAGUCAGGCCAGCGAGCCCCCUGAGAGGCUGCGUGGUGUCGCCGAAGACGAGGAGACCGACGACACCAACAGGACCGAAAGCAUGGGAGAUUUGCGGUCAGAGGUGGAAGAUGAUCUGGAUGGUGAGCUGGAGAUCGAAGAGAUGAUGGAAGAGCUGUUGGACUUUGACAGGGAGGCGCAAGGGAAGGAGGACGAGGACGAGAGCAUGUGGACCGUUGAGGAGCAGAGAAAGGCGAGGAGGAGGAGGACACAGGAAGAAAAGUUCCAGAGAAAAGAGAGGACGGGUCGGAUGGCGGUGAUGGCGCAGGACGAGGAUGACACACAGAGUCAUUCCUCCCCGCUGUCUUGCUCCAGCCAGUCACAGCAGUCGUCCGCGGCUGCCGAGCCACUGAAAGCAGAGGAGGAUGACUUUGACAAUGUGACUGACCAAUCAGAGCACUUGACCUGAUUACUGCUCAUAUGUCCUAUCCGCUGAAAUGAUUUCUUCUGCUGUCAAGUACACAUGGAAGAAGGCAAGAAAAGACUUCCACCCAGCUUGAGCAAGCCAGAUCCAAACAACUGAGCCGAGGUGGCAAGCUAUUGCACUUUUAGGAUCUGUCAGUUUUCAAUUGCCUGAGGAUGCCAAUACGUAAAACCACUCAACAAUGAAUAAGCUUUCUAGUGUUGGUCCCCCUGUUCAGGGUUUGAGUCAGGACCUUCUUGUAAAGUCAUAUUACCUCCACGUGCCUGUAACAUGUUCCAUUAGUGGUUAAACGUUUGUGAUGAGAAGUAGGAUUUUUAAACAAAGAACUGUUGAAACAGCCACCCAAAUAUAAAAAAAUGAUAACCAGAUAGCUAAACUUGGAAGAUUGAAAAUAAUGCAAAAGAAGUCAGUAGAUUAAUGGAAUUUACAGUAGCUCCUGAGCGAAUGUCUUGAAGUAAGCCAAGAUAAGAAGUACAGUGGUACCUCAACAUACAAACGCAUCGACAGACGAUUCUUUCGAUAUACAUACGAUGUAAAAUUUGACUCGUUAUCUGUCUCGACAUAUGACUACAUGCUCGAAAUACGGCUAGAGUGAGUCCUCAUUUUUCGCGGUUAAUAGGGACAGCCCCCUCCCCGCAAUAAUCGAAAUCCGUGAAGAAGAGGCGGAGUUUAUUUACAUUUUUAAAAAAUAUAUAUAUAUAUAUAAAUUUUGGGGUGUGUUCAAUGUAUUUUCUCAGAUUUAGCAUUGGAAAGAGAUACAUUUAAGACAUGUUUUCCCUUUUCUUCCCCAAAGUAUGAUAAUUCAAAUAUAUAUAUACAUAAAUUUUAAUAAAUGGUUUUUAAGCACUUCAAAUGUAAUAAUUAUGUUUAAGUUAAGUUUUAAACAUGUUGCUGUUCCACCAAAUUAUUUUUAAGCAAGAAUCACAUAGCAAAAUGCUUGUCUUUACUAAAUUCUUCACUGAGUCAGUCCACUCAAAUCCGCUCACGCUGCUCACUUACACACAAUGAGUUGCCACAUGUUUAAAAAGCGCAGCGCUCCCAAGCUUCUCUGGCAAGAUCAAGUGUUGUACGCCUGUCACUCAUCGUUAACUAACAAACGAACGGCAGCUGCCCUGGUGAGUAAGAAAAGCAGCAGGAGGAAGGGUGAGAGGCUGUACGUGAUCAGAUCGGGGCAUCUCUAUAAAAUACUGAUUUAAUGGAAACAAAUCCACAAUAGACUGAGGGCGUGAAGUUUGAAGCGCAAAGUAGCUAGGGAUCAUUGUAUUUACGACAGCGUCCGUAAAAAGGGGACGAUUACCAUUGAAAUUAGGAUGGAAUAUGUCUACCAUCGCAACUGUCCUCCUUUGAUCUCCAGUCUUUAUAAGUUAAGUAGUGGAAGUGGUGAAAAAAGGAAGGUGAUGCUUACCAUUGAAAUUAAGAAAGAAAUAGAAAAUCUGAGCGUGGUGUGUGUGUCAGUGAACUGAAACUGGAAUUAGAACUGUCUCACCGUAUCCUACCUCCAGACCCGUUGUCUCCUCCGACCUCAAUUCGCCAGUAAGUAAGAUGACAAAAUGUAAUUAUUUAUUCAUAAUUUGUUGUUUUACACAUAAUAAUAAUAAUAAUAAUAAAUUUUAUUUAUAACGCACUUUACAUUUGAAAAACAAAUCUCAAAGUGCACAUUACCAUGUAAAAAAAAAAAAAAAGGCUAAGAAGGCAAGGCAAGGCAAAUUUAUUUAUAUAGCACAAUUCAACACAAGGCAAUUCAAAGUGCUUUACAUCACAUGAAGACCAUAAAAAUCACAUUUAAAUCAACACAACUUAAAAACCAAGACAAAAAAAUCGCAUUUAAUCACAGAAUAAAAAUAAAUAAAAAAUAAAACAAAAAUAAAAAUAAAACAAAAACUACUACUAAUAAUAAUCAUUGAAAUCAGCAACGGAGAUAAGCACAAGAGGAAUAGAAAGCAGGUAGAUUGAAAUAUAUAGACAGAUAUGGAUAUGCAGUGCUAAACAAAAGCGUUUUUAGCCCUGAUUUAAAGGAGCUAACAGUUUGAGCAUACUUCAGACGUUCGGGUAACUUGUUCCAGAGGUGAGGAGCAUAAUAACUAAAUGCUGCCUCACCCUGCUUGGUUCUUGUUCUUGGAACAUGCAGAAGACCGGUUCCAGACGACCUUAGGGGUCUAUAUGACUCAUAGGAAUCUAACAAGUCUAGCAUGUAUUUUGGUCCAAGGCCAUUAAGUGUUUUGUAGACGAGCAGUAGUAUUUUAUAGUCUAUCCUUUGACUCACUGGAAGCCAGUGUAGCGAUUUCAAAACCGGUGUAAUGUGGUCCAGCUUCCUUGUAUUUGUGAGGACUCUGGCUGCAGCAUUCUGUACUAGCUGCAGCUUCCUGACUGAUUUUUUAUCAAGACCUGUAAAUAUACCGUUGCAGUAGUCCAAUCUGCUGAAAAUGAAUGCAUGCUUAAGUUUUUCCAUGUCUUGUUGAGUCAGAAGCCCCUUAAUUCUGGUUAUAUUUUUUAGGAGGUAAUAAGCCGAUUUAGUGACGGACUUUAGAUGGCUAUCAAAUUUUAGGUCUGAGUCAAUAAUUACGCCAAGGUUUCUGACUUGAUUUGUAGCUGUAAGUGAUAUUGUGCUAAGUUGGCUGCUUAUCUUUGACCUUUCCUUUUUUGGCCCAAAAAUGAUCACCUCUGUCUUCUCCACACUUAACUGGAGAAAAUUCUGGCACUUCCAUUCAUUGAUUUGAUGAAUGCAUUUACUCAGGGAGACUAAGGGACUAUAAUCAUGUGGGGACACAGAAAUGUACAGUUGUGUGUCAUCUGCAUAGGCGUGAUAGGAGAUGUCAUACUGUUCCAUUAUCUGAGCUAACGGAAGCAUAUAGAUGUUAAAUAAGAGUGGUCCAAGAAUUGACCCUUGAGGGACUCCACACGUGAAUUUGGUUCGUUCUGACUGAUAGUUUCCGAUUGACACAAAGAAAUCCCUAUCAUGUAAAUAGGAUGUGAACCACUGAAGAAUAGUGUCAGUAAGCAAGUAAGUAAGAAUAAAAGAGUAAACGCAAAAACAGACAGAAACACAGAUAUAUAAAAUCAGAUACAAAUCAGAUAAAAAUAGCCAGAGUAAGCUUUUUGAAAAAGUUAAGUUUUUAGUCCUUUUUUAAAUGCAUCCACUGUCUGCGGGGCUCUGAGGUGGUCUGGGAGGGCGUUCCACAGACUGGGAGCAGCAGCUGCAAAGGCCCUGUCGUCCAUAGUCUUGAGCCGAGUCCUGGGCAGGAGUAGACAGUGCAGCUGGCCUGACCGGGUUCUGGCUGAAGUAUUUGGUGUGAGGAGUUCAGUGAGGUAAGUGGGGGCUACACCGUGUAGACAGUGAUGGGUGUGAAGGAUGGGGUGAUGUGCUCAUGUUAACGCAUCCUCAUCAGGACCCUGGCAGCGCUGUUUUGGACAUACUGGAGCCUUUGUAGGCUCUUUCCAAGAAUCCCGAUAAGUAGUGCGUUACAAUAGUCCAACCUGGAGGAGAUAAAGGCAUGGACGAGUCUCUCUGCAGCAGGACGGGAGAGAGCUGGCUGGAGUUUGGCAAUAUUGCAAAGGUGAAAGAAGGAGGUUUUGCAAAUAUAAUUGAUGUGAUUGUUAAAGCUAAGAUGGGGGUCAAACCUGACUCCCAAAUUAGUUACAGAAGGGGAGAAGGAAAAUUUGUGGCCGAAAAAGGAGACUGAGGGAAUGGGGGCGGAACGGAGCCGCUGAGGAGUACCAAUGUGAAUAGCUUCUGUUUUGGAGCUGUUCAGCUGCAAGAAUUCUGUACAAUAUAAUGCAUUUGUCAAAUUAGAACACGACUCACCGUAUCCUUCACUACCUUCAACUCCACCGUCUCCUCCGACCUCCAGCCAAUCUCGAUAAGUUAAGGUGACAAAACUUUUUUUUCCUUUUCCAUUUAUUUAUAAUUUAUUUAUUUUGCUAUAUGUAAUUGCAUUUUUUAAAAUUGUACCUGCAGUAUUUAUUAACAAUUUACCGUAGGUUUUUGGUCUGUGGAAUGAUUAUAUUAUUCGAAUUAUAAUGUAUUCUUAUGGGGAAAUCCGUCUCGACAUACGACAAUUUCGACAUACAAACCAGGUCCUGAAACAAAAUUUCUAUGUUGAGGUGCCACUGUACACAGACAGAAGAAAAACAGAGGAUUGCUUCCUCUCCUUGGCUGACAUUGUAUAUUGACUUUAGUUAUGAUCUCAUUUUCUGGAGGGAAAGAAAUAGAUUUUUGCUCCCACUUUGUCUUUGUUCAAUUAUUAAAUCAAUGAAUAGCUUUAAGAAACAGGUAGGACAUGUGGGCUGGUGUUAGGUAUGUAUAGUCAUUUUGUUGUUUUCAACAACUAUCAGAUGUGGACAUAAACAGUGAUUGGAUCAUGUCCAAAAUGACAAUUGUUUUGCUGAUUGUAAUGCUUUCCAAUAGUAAACGAUAUAAUACAUGCUGCUACGUGCACUCUGUAAGACAGGUACAUUUAGUGAGGUGCUCAUUUUACUAAAUAUAAAACAAUGAUCAGAAUUGUGUUAAGUAGAUUUUUUUCUAUUGUAGCAACAUUUUGGGUCUAAUCAUUUCCAGUAUAGCAUUGAAAAGCCUGUGACACAUUUGGAAGGAACAUGCAUUUGUGGGAUGAGUUGCAAAGUUGAAAACAUGAAAUAAUAUAAAAGGUGCCAAAUUGUUACACUGCUUGGCUGAUUUUAGUGAAAGUGAAGUGGUUAUCUACUAUUUAGUAUUCUCAAUGUACUCAUACUCUAUAGUGCAUACAGUAUGAGUGAAAUGAUUUAAAAAGUGGCUUCAUUCAUAAAUACUGCUAUAUUUGUGUUUCAAGACAAUUACAUCAUAUGUCAGGUUUAACUAUGUGUAUCAGAGUCACAAACUUGAACUGUAUUUAAAUGUUGUGUUCAACAUUGCGCUCAACAAUUAAUGAGCUCUCGAGGCUGAUAGAGCAGGAAACUCAAAACUGCCAAAAAGUGCCACAAUAGGCCAAUUGUAUAUCUUAGAUUUGUAGCACUGUCAAGAUACUAUGAAAAUAAUGCUUGUGUAUAAAGAGGAUUUUUACAAACUUGUUGUACAGUAAGUAGCUUAUGUGUCUAUAUCCAAAUGCUACCAGCCAAGUUUCCUACCUUUACUGGCUUUACAAAUUGAUGUGCAGAGAAAGGGGAAAUCACAAAUUCAACACUUGAAUCAAUAAAUCAAAAGCAGUCCAUUUAAAAUCUAAGGGAUCAGCCGUUUUACUAAUAAUUUAAGACAUUUCAUGUUACAUAGUAUGUGAAGUCUUGAGUAAUAUGAGCUGUAACUAACCAAAAUCCUGCAUGGUAUCAAAUUUCCCAGAGAACUAAUGCUGCCCUUAUUGUUGGUGUUUUAAAUUGAAGAUUCUGAUAUGUACCUGCAGAUCAACACUUUGUUGAAAGCCUUAUCACACAGUACAGUUCCUUUUCUGUGGUUCAUAUACAAACGGUGACAAAUCAGUUAUUUCGAUACAGUUCACUUUUGCAUUGGACUGAAAAAAAGUACUUGUACAAUUUCAGUGCUGUACUUGAAUCUAACUGCAAAGAUUAUACCCUUUAAAGAGAAGCCAUGCAACUAUUUCCUACCAAAAUGUUCACACUUGAUAAUCCCAGUGAGCCCUUUAAACAGUGUUCUGUUAUUGUUAGCUUAUACUGCACAACGUCUGGGGAAAAAAAUAAUGAUUCACCACUCUUGGUGGAUGUUUACUCAGUUGUUUUAUUGUGUAAGGAAAAAAGCUGAUCAUAACCAUAUGAAACUUUAGUUGUUUUAAAUGCAAUUUCUUCUUUUAGAAGCACUAAGAUAAAUCGAGAGAGAAAGUUGUAAUUGUCAGUAAGAGUUACUUUUCCGGAUCAAACCAAGGGGAAAAUCUAGGAGUCACUUGUGUCUGAUAAAAACAACUAUAUUUUGAUGGGGGAAAAUAUGGAAUGACAAAACAAACACACGAGUAAUACGGGACUUUGUUGUAGCACCUCUGGCUUUUAUAACAGUUUGCAUGGCUUUAAUGAGUGACAACAGUGCUUUUCAUCAAUCUGGGUCCAACUUUCUCUGAUUGCUGUUGACAGAUCAGCUUUGCAAGUUGGAGCCUUGUCAUGGACUAUUUUCUUCAACUUCCACCACAGACUACAGGCCGUGACAUUGACCUUAUGUGUGUAUGUUUUCACAGUUUUUGCUCGGUUGCAAGAUGCAUUAUCAUCUUGAAAAAUGAUGGAAUCAUCUCUAGAAAUCUUUUCAAGUGCUGAGAUAAGAAAGGUGUAUCCAAAAUAUAAACAUUAACGUGUGAAUUUAUUGAAGAUUUGUAUCAUAUGAAGAUACAGAUCAUCAAUUUUAAUAUCUUCAGGUACGUAGUCGUCUUCAUAAAUCCCUUUUGGAAUGCCGACAAACUAAACUUACAGCAUCAUCAGUUUGACCAAUGCAAAUUUGUAUUCAUCACUAAAUAUGACUUUCCUUCAGUCAUCCACAGUCCACGACAGAUGUUCCUUGGCCUGUUGUAACCUUAUUGUUUUCUGAUUAGGUAAUAAUGAGGAUUUUGCUUGGCUUUUCUGUAUGCAAAUAUCAUUUCUUUUUGGCAAUUUUUCACGUUUAGGUCACAUACAUUGAUCCAGUCCUCACCCAGUUUUCCUCAUUUGUCAUGUUGUGCAUCUUCUGUUUUCAAGACAUUCCUUUCAUGUUUUGGUAUUUAUUUUUAUUAAUGUCCAUCCAGUAUGUUUGCCUUUAAGAGCCUGCCGAUGUACGUAGCUUGUAAUACGUCCAGAUUUUACGUACAGCUGACUAUGAACAACAAACAUCUUUUGCAAUACUGCGUUAUGAUUACCUGUUUUUAAGAAGUUUGAAUCCUCUCCUUUGUUUCAAUUGACAGCGCUCGUGUGAGAGCCAUGAUUCAGGUCAGUCAACUUGUUGCAACAGUUCUCUGAAGUGUAGUCACUCGCUUUUUCACUCCUGACCCCACAUCUGCUUGGUCUGAAAAAGUCACCAUUCAUAAUUAGCACUGUUUUAUGUUUUUCCAGAUUACUUUUAGUGUUUCCUAAAACUACAACGUUACCACUUAUAGGUUUGGGUCAUGUGUAUGAUCUGUUUUUCCCCCUACACAAUUAAACAACUGAGUGAACAACCUCCCAGACUGGUGAUAUUGUGAAUUUUUGCCAUGGCUUGUACGCUUGUGAAAAUGCACUAUUGGUCAAUGCAUUGAUAGUGUUUGAGUCAAAUUUUAAAAGUCAUACUGAAUGAUUGCUUGUAGACUAUACAGUGGUAUGGAAAAGUGUCUGAACCUUUUGGAAUUUCUCACAUUUCUGUAUAAAAUCACCAUCAAUUGUGAUCUGAUCUGUGUCAAAAUCACACAGAUGAAAAAACAGUGUUUGCAUUGACUAAAACCACCCAAGCAUAGUAUGUAAACAAUGACAGUCGAGGGAAAAAUAAGUUUAUGAACCAUCACAUUUAAUAUGUUUUGCCCCCCCCCCUCCUUUGACAGAAAUAACUUCAACCAGAUGCUUCCUGUAGCUGCAGAUCGAUCAGGCACAUCGAUCAGGACUAAUCUUGGCCCAUUCAUCUCUACAAAAACGCUGUAGUUCAGUCAGAUGCCUGGGAUGUCUGGCAUGAAUUGCUGUCUUUAGGUCAUGCCCCCCCCCCCCCCCCUCCUUUGACAGAAAUAACUUCAACCAGAUGCUUCCUGUAGCUGCAGAUCGAUCAGGCACAUCGAUUAGGACUAAUCUUGGCCCAUUCAUCUCUACAAAAACGCUGUAGUUCAGUCAGAUGCCUGGAAUGUCUGGCAUGAAUUGCUGUCUUUAGGUCAUGCCACAGCAUCUCAAUCGGGUUCAAGUCUGUACUUUGACUUGGCCACUCCAGAACGUGUAUUUGGUCCUUCUGAAACCAUUCUGAAGUUGAUUUACUUCUGUGUUUUGGAUCAUUGUCUUGUUGCAGCAGGUUUUCCUGCAAAACAUCCUGAUAAACUUUUGAAUUCAUUCUUCCCUUAAUAAUUGCAAGUUGUCCAGGCCCUGAGGUGACAAAACAGCCCCAAAUCAUGAUGCUCCCUCCACAAUGCUUCACGGUGUGGAUAAGGUGUUGAUGUUUGUGAGCUGUUCCAUUUUUCCUCCACACGUGAUGUUGUGUGUUACUCCCAAACAAUUGAACUUUGAUUUCAUCAGUCCACAAGAUAUUUUACCAAAACUUCUGUGGCGUGUCCAAGUGCCAUUUUGCAAAAAUUAAACGAACAAUUUUUUUAGACAGCAGUAGCUUCCUCUGUGGAGUCCUCUCAUGAACACCAUUCUUGGCCAUAGUUUUACAUAUAGUUGAUGUUUGCACAGACAUAUUGGACUGUGCCAGUGAUUUCUGUACGUCUUUAGCAGACACUCAAGGGAUCUUUUUUGAAUCUGUGAGUAUUCUGCGCUGAACUCUUGGCAUCAUCUUUGAUGGACGGCCACUCCUUGGGAGAGAAGCAACAGUGCCAAACUCUCUCCAUUUGUAGACAACUUCUCUGACUGUCGAUUGAUGAACAUCCAAACCUUUAUAGAUGGCUUUGUAUCCUUUCCCAGCUUUAUAGAGAUCAACAAUCCUUGAUCGCAGGUCUUCAGACAGCUCUUUUGACUGAGCCAUGAUGCACAUCAGACAAUGCUUCUAAUCAAGACAAUUCUUACCAGGUGUGUGUUUUAUAGUGGGCAUGGCAGCUUUUAAACCACUCACUAGUGAUUGGGCACACACCUCACUCUGAAAAUUGGUUUCAAUUGCUCUUUAAGUCUCCUUCGGCAGAGGGUUCACUUACUUAUUUUCCCCCUUCUGUCAUUGUUUGCAUGCUAUCCUCAUUCAAAUAUGAAAACCCAUAAAUGUCUGGGUGGUUUUAGUUAAAGCAACACUGUUUUACCAUCUGUGUGAUUUUGACAAAGAUCACAUCACAUAUGAUGUUGAUUUUAUGCAGAAAUGUGAGAAAUUCCAAAAGGUUCAGAUACUUUUUCAUACCACUGUAUCAGCAACCUUAGAGACUUCUCAGGUUUACUGUUGCUUUGAAACAAUGGGUGAGACAGUUUAGUAGUUUCAAUUUCAUGCGACCUGUCAAUCAUAUAUAGACAUUUGUUGUCGAAAACCUGUAUUUAUUUGAAUUGCUAGAUGCAUAGGCAGAAAUAUUUGAGUGAGUGAAUUGCACAGCUGUCAUUCAAAAUUUGGGGUCCAGUUCCUUGCUCAUGGAUUCUGCAGCAGUGCUUAUCGCGUGAAUUGGCCUCUGUGUAGUUAAGCGUUCCCCAUCUGUAAACCUUCAAUCCAGGAUUGAACAAAACCACCUAAAGUUGUAUCAAAAUUACAAUAGUUUUUUAUGUUGAAAGGGUGUUUACAUUAGGAGCAUUUCUCCCAGUGACAAUUUGCUUACUCCUUUUGCAAAAGUGGCUCAAACCACUUGCAAUUAUAAUAACUCUUCAUCACAACAGGCAAAAUGACUAGUUUAUUUAUUGAAAGCGUUGACAUGACUGUGAUGUUUACCUCAGAUGUAUAUAAUUUGAGAAUACAUGAAUGGUUUAUGGAAUAGGGUGGGGGCUUAAUGCACCUUUGGUGCAUCUGCACAAUCUAAAGAGAUCUAAUAUAGAGCUUUAUGAAACAUGCAACCAUUACAGAAAUAAUCACACUUAAUUUUGAUUGACACUGUCCUAAAUUAAUGAUUUCUCAUUUUAAUUGGUAUGGACCUUGGUGUAAUGCUUGGGGCUCAUUUGAUUGUGCAAGUACCUAAUGGAUUGUGUGAAAGGAACCUUAAUAUGUAUGUAAAGGUAUUGUCCUGUAAUAGUUCCACAUCCUCUGCACUCCUCUCAGUGUAUUUUCACAAUCUACCAUAUACUGUACUUCUGCUAGAUGAACUAUACAGCAUUCCUCUUUCCACUGCUCAUAUUUAUCUUGGAUUUUUGGGUGGAAUUCGAUAUCUACCAGAAAAGAUGGUAUGUACUCUUGUUAAUAGAAUUGUUACUCAAUGGAUCUUACUAAUAAAUAUGUGACAGGAAAACAAACAAUAUCUCCUAUUUUGUGUUCUUGAAUCACGAUGGUUUCUGAUCGAUUAAAGAAAUUGUUUCAAAAAUUGGUUCCGAGGUUGUCAACAUCCAU